CAUACCAUAGUGAUGACCAGGCUAUUAUAUAAUAGACGAGAAGAACAGAACGGUGAACUAGUUCUAUCAUCUUCUUAACUAUGGCGAUAGCUUCAUUAAUUAGCUUUCUCUCUCAACAAACUUCAACCAUUACAGUUAUAUUCUCCAUAAUCGGCCUUCUUCUCUCGCUUAAACUUGUGGCUAAAUGGAGAAUAAUCGGAAGAAAAAGGAAGUUUCAUCCAAUUGGCGGAACGAUGAUGAAUCAGUUGUUCAAUUUCAGCAGAUUGCAUCAUUACAUGACAGAUCUUGCUCGAAGAUAUAAGACUUACAGGUUAAUUGCUCCUUUUAGGAACGAGAUUUAUACUUCAGAUCCAGCAAAUGUUGAAUACAUUCUCAAAUCCAAUUUCCAAAAUUACGGAAAGGGGAUGUAUAACUACAUGAAUUUAAGGGACUUAUUGGGCGACGGAAUCUUUGCCGUCGAUGGAGAAAAGUGGCGUCAACAAAGGAAAGUAUCUAGCCAUGAGUUCUCAACAAAAGUGUUGAGGGAUUUCAGUAGUGUGAUCUUUAGGAAGAAUGCAUCAAAAAUUGCUAAUAUCAUAUCAAACACCAUCGUUUCAGGUCAAACAAUCGACAUUCAGGAUAUAUUUAUGAAAUCAACUUUGGAUUCCAUAUUCAAAAUUGCCUUUGGAGUUGAACUAGGCACUAUAAUUUGUGGAUCAAGUAGUAAUCAAGAAGGAAUAAAAUUCAGCUAUGCCUUUGAUUGUGCAAGUGCCAUGUCCCUUUGGCGUUACGUCGACCCAUUUUGGAAAUUAAAAAAGUUUCUAAACGUCGGAUCAGAAGCAAAGCUAAAAGAGGCGGUCAAAAUAGUCGAUACAUUCGUAUAUAAACUUAUCUCUAAUGAGGAAGAAACACGCAAGUCAGAACAUUACUCUCCCGUAAGUAUUAACAACAUUAAUAAAAACAAAUCCUUUUCGAGCCCAACACUUAUGAAUUUUUUUCUUUCUUUUUGCCAGAUAAAGAAGGACGACAUACUGUCGAGGUUUCUUCAAGAAAAGGGACCUGAUGCGAAUCCGAAAUACUUAAGAGACAUAAUAUUGAACUUUGUAAUAGCUGGAAAAGAUACAACAGCUGCAACACUAUCUUGGUUCAUGUACAUGAUGUGCAAACAUCCUCAUAUACAGGAAAAAGUUGCCAAGGAAAUAGAAGAACAUACAAGUGAUUAUUAUACACAAAAAGUGAUUUCAAAUAAUUCUUUUGAUGAAUUUGCAAAUUCUAUAAGUGAUGAAGCAAUGGAAAAGAUGCAAUAUCUUCAUGCAACUUUAACUGAGACUCUCAGGCUGCAUCCUGCUGUUCCUGUGGACGCGAAAAUAUGUUUUUCUGAUGAUACACUGCCCGACGGGUUUAGUGUCAAUAAAGGUGACAUGGUUUCCUAUCUUCCAUAUGCAAUGGGCAGGAUGCCAUUUUUAUGGGGCGACGAUGCAGAAGAGUUUAAACCUGAGAGAUGGCUCGACGAAAAAGGCAUCUUUCAGUCUGAGAACCCUUUCAAAUUUACCGCCUUUCAGGCUGGUCCGCGAAUUUGUUUGGGAAAGGAUUUUGCGUACAGACAAAUGAAGAUAUUCUCGGCUAUUCUUUUACGCCAUUUUGUAUUCAAAUUGAGUGAUGAGAGGAAACCAGUCAAUUACAAGACAAUGAUCAAUCUUCACAUUGAUGGUGGUCUUCAUGUUCGCGCCUUGGUCAGGUCAAGUUCUUAGUUUUUCUAAUCGCAAAUAAUAAACUAUGUCCAAUAUCUAUCUGUAUUAUUGUAGUAGGAUUAACUUUAUGUUGUAUUAUUCCUACUCUUUCUAUAGAUCC